GCGAAAAAUAUGGGUGAAAUUCGCAAGCGCGUCUUGAGUCCGUUGGUAUAUGGACCUGCUCUAUCCGCCGUGGGAAUUUAUUUGCUCAGGCGCUAUAUGCAGGGAGGUCAAUUCACCAAGAAAACGAAUGAGACAGGAAGAGUGGCGAUUGUGACUGGAUGUAAUACGGGAAUCGGAAAGGAGACUGUCUUGGAAUUGGCUCGCCGAGGAGCCACUAUAUACAUGGCUUGUCGCGAUAUGCAGAAGUGCGAGCAAGCCCGCAAGGAAAUAGUUGAGGCAACUAAAAACCCGAAUGUGUUUGCACGCGAAUUGGACCUCUGCUCCAUGGAAUCCAUAAGAAAAUUUGCAGCUGGCUUCAAGAAGGAGCAAAAGAAACUGCACAUACUCAUUAACAAUGCCGGGGUCAUGGACUGUCCCAAGAUGCUAACAACGGAUGGCUUUGAAAUGCAAAUAGGAGUAAAUCACAUGGGUCACUUCCUGCUCACACUCCUGCUCCUGGAUGUGCUCAAGAAUUCCGCGCCCAGUCGAAUUGUUGUCCUGUCCAGUAUUGCCCAUCGCUUCGGUUCAAUCAAUCAGGAUGAUCUCAACAGCGAAGAGUCCUACGAUCGAAAGCAGGCCUAUUGCCAGAGCAAGUUGGCCAAUAUUAUGUUUACGCGGGAACUGUCCAAACGUCUGCGGGGAACUCGAGUCACGGUAAACGCCUUGCAUCCAGGUGUUGUCAACACGGAGCUCUUUCGGAACACGUUCUUCUUGCGAACCAAACUUGGAAAAUUGCUCAUCGCACCGAUUAUUUGGAUUUUCAUAAAGACUGUCAGAAGUGGAGCUCAGACAACUCUAUAUGUAGCUCUGGACCCAAUCCUGAAGGAGGUCUCUGGACAAUACUUUAGUGACUGCAGGCCCAAACGAGUGGGAUCCGCUGCCCUGGACGAUGAUGCUGCCAAAUUUCUUUGGACAGAGAGCGAGAAGUGGACGGGUGCGCACCUUUAAGCAAGUUUAUAUGAUUUUAACGUUUCACCUUAUUUGGUACUUAUAUAUAUAAUGUAUGUAUAAUGUUAAAUUUUAUUAGCAGCGCUAGACAAAGUCCACGGAACAACUAUUAGAACAUAAUAACAACAUUUUGUGUGAAAACCAACAUUAACGAAAAUUAAAAUUUUAUUUAUACAUCUUUUA